AUGUCUGCGGGCGUGAAGCCUCCCUGCGGCCAAACCCCGGCGAGCGAGUUCGCGCCCCAGGAGAGCAACAUGGCUUCCUCACUCGCUGCCAUUGUUGAGUUUAUUGAUGGCAGUGGGAAUGUCCUGGUUGCUGGGUCUCGAGAAGCCGCUGACCUUAUCCGUGAACUUGUGACAGAGGUUGGUGUGGAAAUGGAUGAGGAAGGAGCAGCUGUCAUUGACCACUUGCAUUAUGAUGCAAAUGAUGAUGGGCAGCACACCCUCAUUGCUGCACCAAGUACUGGACUCAUUGACUCAGAUGUUAUGGUUGGAUCGAAUUCCCAAGUGCCAUUGUUAUACAGAGGCACCGGGCUGAUCACAGAUGCUGACAACCCUUUGGUUCUACCAGUGUUGAGGGCACCCUCUACUGCAUAUUGCUAUAAUCCUACACAAUCCAUCACUGACUACCCUCAUGCCACAGGU